GUUAUACCUAUUAAAUACUUGUGAUUUCUCUUAGGCGGAUAUGAUCACUUGGAUGUGCCUUUUAACAAUUUGAUUGGAGAUGUAUCCCCAAAACUUACCUACAAACAUACUAUCAAAUGUUUAUGAAAAGUACUUGACACUUAUGUGAUCAAUUUGUAACGACAUUAACAUUUUGAUAUCAUUUUAGUCAAAACGAGAUCAGCUUCUUUUCUAGUGAUGGAACCAACUACGGAAGAGUGGGAAGGUUGUAAACAUGGUGCGCAUAGGGUUGCAGAUUAAAGCAAACUUGGAGAACGUGACCAAUCUCGGUCCUGAUGGAGAUGAUUUUCGCUGGUACAUGAAAAUGAAAUGUAGCAGCUGUAAUGAAAUAACAAGAAACUGGCAAUAUGUCACCCUGACAGAAAGUUCACCGCUCAAGGGAGGUAGAGGUCAAGCUAGUAUGGUGUCAAAAUGCAAGCUCUGUAGCAGAGAAAACUCUAUAGAUAUCUUAAAGGAUUUCAUCAAGCCGUACGUGAUUGAUAAGAAUAAUCAGUUUCAGACAGUGGUAGCAUUUGACUGCAGAGGAAUGGAACCAGUGGAGUACUCUUUCAGGGCUGGAUUCAAGGCCGAUGCUGUUGAAUCUUCAUCCAAGUUUACAGACAUUGACUUGCAAGAAGAGGAAUGGGCAGAUUAUGAUGAAAAGGCCAGCGAGACAGUAGGAAUUUAUGAAUUGGAGAGCAAGUUUAUCAAAGUAUGAUGAUUGCUGGUGUGUCAUUCGAUGAGAAACAGACAAUUAGAACAUGACUUUUAAAGCACAGACUUUUAUGGAGGAUAGAGACACCAUUGAUCUAUGAACUUCUGAAUGAUGCUGGAUGGUGAUAUUAAUUUGGAUUGAGUUUUAAUGCCUCCAUCUUAUAUGAAGAUUGGAGUGCAUGCACAAGUUCUUCCUAGUCUGCAUUCACAGACCCCUGGGUUUCGCAUAAAUCGCAAAGUGCAUGAUGCAGAGUCUGAAGUAGUGAGACUAGAUUCACUAUGUAUUGUGGCUGCCUUGACACACACAAAAGCCGGUAUUCUGAAGUCUGGUUUAACUUAGAACAUGGUCUAACUCUGCUAAAAUUAUGGGAAGCCAAAAGUGUCAAAUUUUUUAUGAAGAUGUAUGUUUCGUAUGUUUACUGUGCUCUUUCCUGAUUCAUCGAUGGUGAAGACAAUCAUCUAUUUAUACUUCCAAGACAAUUAUAAAUGAUUUGCUAGCAAAAUGAGCUGAAAUAUGGUAUCUCUACCGUUAGUGAUUUAUGUAACAAUUGGCUAUCCAUACUUAAACCACAACUUUAAACCUGAGUUUAAGUUAAACCCGACUUCAGAAUAUGGGCCAGAGUGUAGUCUAGUCUUUACUCUAAACAUGGUAUAAAUGGUUAAAGUGUUAAAUUUGAGUCUGGGCUUGCAGACUAAGUUCAUCCACCCCU